CCCUCCCUCCCUCUCUCCCUAUCUCUCAAAAUCCUCUGAAGAACAUUUAUUUUGGCUGCUAAGCAAAUGUAGGAAAGUUGAAGACGUUCAAAUCUUGGCUCAGAACCAUCUACAAUGGUUUUAUCAACUUCCGAAACUUCCCCUAUGAAGACACACAAAAAAAGGCCAUUUGAAAACCAUGCCCAUCAUCAGUAUCGAAGUUUUCCUCCGAACUUCAACCGUCCAAGGGUUGAUGCUGUUCGGGAUUGGCCAAGAGGGUGUGGAAAAUUCAUCUCUCUAACUGACUCAAAAGUAAUUGGGGACAACAUUGCCGUUGGGACUGCUGGAAACUUUCAAGCUCCUGUUGAGCAUAGUAUUCAGAGUAGCUUCAGUUCCACAAUUGAUGCUGAGGUCAGAAGGCAUGAAGUUCCUAGAAGUUAUCCUCCCAAAGAAGUCUUGAAAAGCUAUUCUAUUGUUAGGGAUUUUCCAGAAGGUUUAAAAUCUGCCUUUUCCUCUGCUAACAAUAUUUCCCCUAGUGAGAAGUUCAGUGCAGAACCCAGGCCUGUAGAAGUUAUGGCAACAUGUACUCAAUCUCCUGGUCAGGAAAUGCAGGAUGAGAGUGCUUACAAUGGUGCCUUAGCAAGGAGGUCUUAUGAAGGAAGCAAUGAAGUUUGGAAUAGCUUUGGAGGAGAAGUUGGUGAAACGUCUGGUUUUGUGGGAAAAUGGGCUGGUGAUGCAAAAGAAGUCUGCAUUUUGCUUGGACAGGAAAUUCAGGAUGGGGAUUCUUUUGGAAGUGCCUUAAAAACGAGUGCUUGCAAAGAAACUGGAAAUGAAGUUCGGAAUGACUGUAGCAGAGAUUUUGAAACAUAUGGAGUUGAGGGCAAAUGGGGUGUUGAUGCAAAAGAGAUUUGUACUUCACUUGGACAGGAAAUACAGGGUGGGGAAGCUUGCAAUCGUACCUUAGAAAGGAGUCCUUGGGAAGCAACUGUCAAUGAAGUUCAGAAUAGUUCCAGAGAUGGUGAGACAUCUGGUUUUAUGGUUAGACGGGAUGAUGAUACAAAAGAAAUCAGCAUUCACCCCCAAUCAGAGAGGAAAUUGUCUGAAUUGGAUCCUUGGUGCCAGACAGUUGGAAAUAAAGAUGAUCGAGGCAAAAAUGUGUUGAGAAAUUCUGGGAAGGAAAUUGAAAUAUGCAGCAAGGACCACCAGGCAAUAGGUAACAACAGUAGAGUACAGGGGGCUCUAAAUCUAUUCCAAGAGUUAUUGGAAAAGCUCAGACGUGAAGCAAUUCUAACAGGGAAAAAAAAUGUUCUUAGAAAGCUUCCUGUGACAGCAGCAAUGACUCUCAAGAGGCAACAAAAGUGGGUUAACACAACUAAGCAACUAGGUCAUGUUUCUGGUAUUGAAGUUGGUGAUACAUUUUGUUAUAGGGUUGAAUUGGCUAUUAUUGGCCUUCAUAGUCAUUUUCAGAAUGGUAUAGAUUACAUGGAGAAGGAUGGAAAAGUAUUGGCCAUUAGUGUUGUUGAUUCUGGCCGUUAUGCCAAUGACAAAGAAUCCUCUGAUGUCUUGAUAUAUUUGGGUCAAGGUGGAAAUCCAAUGGUUGGAUAUAAUAAGCAGCCUGAAGACCAGAAACUUGAACGAGGAAACCUUGCACUGAAGAAUAGCAUGGAUGCUAAAACUCCUGUAAGGGUUACCCGAGGUUUUCAAGCUAUGAAAGUGACUUCCAACGGCUACACUUAUGAUGGUCUGUAUUUUGUGGACAAGUAUUGGCAGGAAAGAGGUCAAUUUGGUAAACUUGUUUUUAAAUUCCAACUGAAAAGAAUUACAGGAGAACCAAAGUUUGAUCAAAGAGAAUUGAAUCAGUCAAAAGAUUCAGAAGUACGCUGGAAAACUAUUUUCAAUGAUAUUUCUCAUGGCAGAAAAUUGAAGAAGUCAAAAAAAUCAGAAGCAUGCAGGAAAAAUAUCUUAAACAAUAUUUCUUUGGGGAAAGAGGAGAGGCCUAUCCAUGUGGUGAACACAAUUGAUUAUGAGAAACCUCAACCCUUCACUUACAUUGCCCGCAUGGCAUAUUUAGAGAGUUCUAAGUGGUCCAUUCCAAGUGGUUGUGAUUGCACCGAGGGAUGCUCAGAUUCUGUGAAAUGUGCUUGUGUCCUCAAGAAUGGAGGAGAGAUCCCAUUUAACUGCCAUGGGGCUAUUAUUGAGACAAAGCCCUGGGUUUAUGAGUGUGGUCCUUUGUGCAAGUGCCCUCCUUCUUGUAACAAUAGAGUCAGCCAAAAUGGUAUCAGAUUCUCAUUGGAGGUUUUCAAGACCAAAUCAACAGGAUGGGGUGUUAGGUCUCGAAAUUAUAUUUCAUCUGGAAGUUUUAUAUGCGAGUAUGCAGGGGAGCUAAUUCAAGACAAGGAAGCCAAACGAAGGACUGCUAACGAUGAGUAUUUGUUUGAUUUAGAUAAUGGGGCCUUUGCCAUUGAUGCAGCCAAGUUUGGGAAUGUGGGAAGAUUUAUCAACCAUAGUUGUUCACCCAACCUUUUUGCCCAAAAAGUCCUUUAUGAUCAUGACGACAAAAGACUGCCUCAUAUAAUGCUAUUUGCUACCAAGAACAUACCACCCAUGCGAGAAUUAACAUAUCAUUACAAUUAUAUGGUGGGCCAGGUUCUUGAUAUUAAUGGCCAAAUCAAGACAAAAAGGUGUUACUGUGGUUCUCAAGAGUGCAAAGGCAGGAUGUACUGAGGGAGUUUCAUUCUAGAAAUGAGCAGCUAUGGUUGGUAAGGCAGUUCUCUUUGCUCUUCUUACAGUUUACUCUGUUUGUGGAAUUGUUUUAGAUUAGUGUGCAACAUGUUUCAGGUUCCCUAGCUCAGUUGUAAAGAUACCAAAGUUACUUCAACAAUUUAAAACUUAACUAAGAGUCUAAUCAAUAUGGCAGUUCUUAAA